AUACUUGGAGUUAAAAAUGGCCAAGUCUUGGCUUCAACCUUGAUAAAUCAGCCAUGCUUAAAACAGAACAAAUUCAAGGGAAAAUGCUGACAAGAAAGAAAGACGAGACCCCCACUAAGAUUAAACAACUGGGAAACCACUUGCUAUCCCUAUAUAAAUCACCCUUUCUCUCUCUCUCCUCUUCAAAACAUUUGCUUAAUGGAAUAUCAUCAGUUCCAAAAGCAACCUAAAGGGGUCUCACCUAGCAAACCAAGCAAAUUCAAGGAGAGAUGCUUAAGCAACAACUCCAAAAACAAGUUCGUUGGAGUUAGACAAAGGCCUUCAGGGAAAUGGAUUGCAGAGAUCAAAGACACUACUCAGAAGAUCAGAAUGUGGCUUGGGACCUUUGAGACAGCUGAGGAAGCUGCUCGAGCUUAUGAUGAAGCUGCCUGUCUUCUUCGUGGCUCGAAUACUCGAACCAACUUCAACACUCAUGUUUCUUCCAACUCUCCUAUUUCUACGAAAAUUAGAAACCUUCUCAAUCGCAAAAGGAGUUUGAAACAAAACUCUUCCACAACUCCCCCCGCGAAAUCUACUAUUAGAGCCAGCACCAUAGUUAGUACCACGAGUGCUUUCAAUAGUAGCGUUGAUAGUUUUCCAUCAUCUAUUGCUAGCCAUGCUACUUAUUUCAAUGGCAUCAAACAAGAAAACCAAAUGUUUGACAAUGCUUAUAGACCAGACUUGAGUGGCUGCUUUGGAGGGCUUGAACCGGUCACUUCUCAGUUCCAUCCCUCGUGCUCAUUCCCAUCUGGGUUUGAUCCUCACAUUCCAUAUAUUCAAGAAAGAAUGGAGCUCCCAAGGGAUGUUGGUUUGUUGUCUGAUGCAUCAUCCUGCGUAGAAUUAGCCGAAUUCGAACGCAUGAAGGUGGAAAGGCAGAUCUCAGCAUCGUUAUAUGACAUGAAUGGAGUGAAUGAGUACUUUGAGAAUGCUAAUGAUUCAAGUGAGGCUUUCUGGGAUCUCCCUACACUCUGUCAAUUGUUCUGUCCUAGUUAGUUCUCUCGAUUUUUUUGAAAUUUGAUGCAAGAUUCGAGAAAGAUAUAGACAGCAGCUGUGUUUUGAUAUCAUAUACUAUAUGAAUUUGAUUCAUUCAUAGAUGAAUGAAUUCCUUGAGAUUUUGCU